AUGAGACUACUCUCGGAGAAACAAAUUGGAUUUAUAUUUGCUGUAUUGAGGGUCUUACAAUGGGUUAGUGCAGCUAUUGUCAUGGGGAUUUCGUCCUACUUUAUUUCGGUAGGGCCACGUCAUCAACAUGCAUUAUAUUGGGAGAUACUUGUGAGUUUGACCAGGUCAACUCACCACUCACGUGUAGUGAAAUUGACUUUGCAGUCCGUUAUAUCCGUUGUUAUAUUCUUUUUCGUCUCCGUACUAUCUUACCUCUUAUUUUGGAAUAUGGAAAGAUUUACAUGGGCGUACUACGUGGUUUUUGCUGUUGACUAUGCAUUUUCAUACCUGUGGUUAACAACGUUCAUAUUUGCAGCCCAGGAUUACAAUCUUAACAACUGCAAGCUCGGUUCUCCCUUAGGAGUCUCGUGUGCCGUGAAAAAGGCAAAUGAGUCAUUUAUGUUCAUUACAUUGUAUGGACCACAGUUCUCUAUUGCUUUUUGCAGAGAUACAUUAAGACUUGACUAA